CCAAUUUGAACUGAUUUGAAUUUAUCUAUAAACUCUGGUUUCUUGCCUGUGAUGAGGCCAAUCCAAACACUCAUGGUCUUGUCUAUGGUUGUGGGAGACCAAAUUUGGGCUUUCUUGUGUGCAAGAGGCUGUAUCUGGGACAGUACAGCAUCGAUGGUUAAUCGAAGAAAAGAAAAAGUUACUGAAAAUGAAACAAAAAGCUUUUAAAGAAGAAAAAACUUUUCGGCUUACAAAAAUUCCUGGGAGGGUAAAGACACCCUUCUCAAAAAAUGAAAUACCAAAAAACCCCUAAGUUAGGAUUCAUUUAUCCCAAACCUCAGGGCGGCAUGUAGAAUUGUAAUAAUAUGUGGGUAUUCAAAAGAAUAUCCCCUAGUUUUUCAAUUGGUCGUUUCCACUUGUGGCUGGUUCAACAAACUUAAUUAUACCUUAUUAGUUGCGCAGUCGAGUGAUGUUCAGCACUGAGUCAAAAGAAAAGGCACUGGAGCCGUUCGGCUGUGGUUUUUGACGUGUUUUCUUGUGGAGAGUAGAGAGCAUGGUGGUGACAUAGAAGAAAAUGGGUUGCGCUAGCAGGCCCUUGUUCCUUUCUGGAACUUUGGUUUCCACCCCAAUAGUAUCACUCACUAACAGAACCUCACCAACCAUACCUCUCCUGCUUCCUUCACACCCUAAACAUCGUACCAUCAACUCCUUACCGUUUAACAAGUUUCAUUUUCAUCCCCGCUUAACCAAUGACGGCAUCGAUUACGGCGGUUGGAACAACAACAAUAACAAUAACAACAAUAACAGUAAUAAUAAUAGUAAUUCUUGGUGGUGGUGGCACGAUGGAGAUGAUUCUUCGGAAUCUUUUUAUCAAUUUCUCUUCUUCAUAUCUUCCCUUUUGUGCUGUUUCUGUCACUUCCAAUUGGCUACUGCACUAGCAAGAACUCAAGAUGAAGACAACGACGCUGUUUGGGAAGUCAAGGGAAGCAAGUGGACAAGAGUCAUCCCUGAUUUUUCAAAAGAUGCAUUCGUUGUUACAAAUGAAACUGCAAGUGAAGCUUCAUUAUCACCUAUGUUAUCUGUUGGAGAUUUAUGGUGUCGGUGCAGGGACCUCAUGAUGCAGCUGAUGCUCCCCGAAGGUUUUCCUAAUAGUGUUACCAGCGAUUACUUGGACUACUCUCUUUGGCGAGGCGUACAAGGCGUUGCCAGCCAAAUUAGUGGUGUUCUCGCCACUCAGGCGUUGCUUUAUGCUGUUGGAUUGGGGAAAGGGGCUAUUCCAACGGCAGCUGCAAUCAAUUGGGUGCUCAAAGAUGGAAUUGGGUAUCUUAGCAAAAUCAUGUUAUCAAAAUUUGGAAGGCAUUUCGAUGUUCAUCCCAAAGGGUGGAGAUUGUUUGCUGAUCUUUUGGAAAAUGCUGCUUUUGGAUUGGAGAUGCUAACUCCUGCUUUUCCACACUAUUUUGUUAUCAUUGGUGCGGCUGCUGGAGCUGGUCGCUCUGCAGCUGCACUCAUUCAGGCUGCAACAAGGAGUUGUUUCUAUGCUGGUUUUGCAGCGCAAAGAAAUUUUGCUGAGGUAAUUGCUAAGGGCGAAGCACAAGGAAUGGUGAGCAAAUCUAUUGGUAUUAUCCUAGGUAUCACACUGGCUAACCACAUAGGCUCCUCUACGCCUCUUGCUCUCACUUCCUUUGGUGUUGUCACAUGGAUUCACAUGUUCUGUAAUCUAAAGUCAUAUCAGUCUAUUGAACUAAGGACUUUAAAUCCCUAUCGUGCAAGUUUGGUGUUCAGUGAAUAUCUCCUUAGUGGCCAAGCUCCUCCAGUCAAAGAAGUUAAUGAUGACGAACCACUUUUUCCAGCUUUACACUUCCUAAAUAUAAAGCCAGCAAAGAAAGUUGUGCUUAAAGAAAGCUCCUCACCUCUAGACAUGCUGAAGUCAUUGUUCCAAGUCAAUUAUCUGUACUGGUUGGAGAGAAAUGCUGGAAUUGUAGCAAGAGGUGCCUCCACUGACUGCAGACAAGGUGGAAGGCUACAAAUAUCUCUAGAGUAUGUGCAAAGGGAAUUCAACCAUGUCAAGAGUGACAGUGCAGCAGCAGGCUGGGUCACUGAUGGACUUAUAGCAAGGCCUUUACCUAAUAGGUUUCGUCCUGGUUGUCUUGGGUCUUUGACUUCAAGUUAAUAGUAUGAUUCAACAUAAAUUUAGUUUUCUUUUCUGCAAUGAAUUUCAUGGCUUCCUAUGAGCUGGCAAAAGGAAGAGAAAAUGCCUUGGAGAUGAUGGGGGAACGCAUUGAUAUUUUGACCAUGAUUUUGUUAAACUAGCCAUUCCUUUUAAAUGUUUUCAUAGGCAGAAGAAUUAAGUUUCAGAACUUUUGAGGUGCUUUCCAUUCUUUAUGAUGGUCUGACCUUUAUCAAAGAUUAAAGUAGUCACUUGAUUGGGAAGUGAGUUGCAAAACUGUUUCUUGCAAGAGUCUUUUCGUUUUAGGAAAGAAAAUACAAAGGGUUGAACUUUGAUCACCGUAUUUGCUGUAUUUACCCAAUGAUUAUGAGCAUUGGUUUUGAGUAAAUUAUAUGUUUAUUUCCCGCUGA